UCCUCCUCCUUCUCUCCAGGCUCCUCCCUCUGCUUGACCGUUCGUGCUCCGCCAUGUCCGGCCGCGCCAGGGCCAGAGCCAGGGGCCGAGCCCGCCCCGCACAGAUCGAGGACGACGCCACCGCCGCCGCCGCCCUCAGAGCCGGAGCCGCGCUUAAGCCCCUCCCGGUUUAUGGAACCCCUCGGCCUGGGCAGCAGCCGGAGCCGCCGGCGGAAGGGCCGCUCAUUGGUCGCGGUCGCCAGAGAGGAGGAGGAGGAGGAGGAGGAGGAGGGCUGCCUGCACAGGAUGCGGCCAAGGAGCUGGAAAUCUCAGCCGGGUUUCAAGAGAUGAAGUUGGGCGAGAGAGGCGGGUAUAGAAGGAACUAUAAUGACAUCGGAGUCUACACCCGCCAGUCCAUUGAGCAUGUCAAGGAGGCUAAGACAGGAGUUUCGGGGACUGCCAUCGCCUUGAGCACCAACCACUUCCGCCUGACUUCGCGCCCCCAGUGGACCUUGUACCAGUACCACAUUGACUUCAGCCCGCCCAUGGAGUCUCGGCGCCUGCGCUGCGCCCUCCUGUUCCAGCACGAGGACCUCCUUGGCAGGACGCACGCCUUUGACGGGACCAUCCUGUUCCUGCCCAAGAAAGUGGGGAACAAGGUGACGGAAGUGUACAGCCAGACCCGUCAGGGAGAGACGGUGAAGAUUAUCAUCACCUUAACCAAUGAGUUGCCAUCGACCUCGCCAACGUGCCUGCAGUUCUACAACAUUAUUUUCAGAAGAGUGUUGAAAAUAAUGAAUCUGCAACAAAUUGGACGGAAUUACUACAAUCCGAGUGACCCCAUCAGUGUUCCCAAACACCGGCUGAUGGUGUGGCCGGGCUUCACCACCUCCAUCUUGCAGUACGAGACCAGCGUCAUGCUGUGCUCAGACGUCAGCCACAAGGUCCUCCGGAGCGAGACCGUCCUGGACUUCAUGUAUUCCCUGUACGAUCAAGUGGGCGAGCAGAGGUUCAGGGAGGUCUGUGCCAAAGAGCUGGUCGGCCUCAUCGUCCUCACCAGGUAUAACAACAAGACUUAUCGCGUGGAUGACAUUUCCUGGGAUGCCAGCCCGAAGGAUCGAUUCAGGAAGGCUGAUGGGUCAGAAAUCAGCUUUAUAGAGUAUUAUCAAAUGCAAUACAACCAGGAGGUCAAGGACCUGAGCCAGCCGCUGCUCCUGAGCCAGCCCAAGAGGAAGAGGGGCCCCGGAGGCGCCACGGAGGUGCCAGGCCCAGCCGCCCUCGUCCCAGAACUCUGCUUCCUGACUGGGCUGACGGAUAAAAUGCGGAGCGACUUCACCGUCAUGAAGGACCUGGCUGUCCACACCAGGCUUGCGCCGGAACAAAGGAUGCGCGAAAUCGGGAAGCUGGUGGAUUACAUCAACAAGGACAAGAACGUCCAGGAAGAGCUGCGCGACUGGGGCUUGAGCUUCGACUCCAACUUGCUCUCCUUCUCGGGGAGAGUCGUUCAGUCCGAGAGGAUCCACCAAGGGGGGAAAGUGUUUGACUACAACCCGCAGGCGGCCGACUGGUCUCGGGAGACGAGGGGCGCCCCCCUGCUGAGCGCGAAGCCCCUGGACAACUGGCUCCUGCUCUUCCCCCGCCAGAACUACGAUGCCGCCAACACGCUGGUGCAGAACCUCUUCAAGGUCACCCCCGCCAUGGGCGUCCAGAUGAAGAAAGCCACCAUGGUGGAAGUGGAAGACAGGACGGAGGCCUACCUGAGAGCCCUGAAGCAGACCGUCACCUCUGACACCCAAAUGGUGGUGUGCCUUCUGUCCAGCAGCCGCAAGGACAAGUACGACACCAUCAAGAAGUUCCUGUGCAGCGACUGCCCCACCCCCAGCCAGUGCGUCCUGGCCCGCACUCUGGCCAAGCCCCAGACGGUCAUGGCCGUCGCCACCAAGAUCGCGCUGCAGAUGAACUGCAAGAUGGGAGGAGAACUCUGGAGCGUCGAGGUCCCUCUGAAGCAGCUCAUGGUGGUGGGCAUCGACUGCUACCACGACACCCUGGCCGGCCGGCGGUCUAUUGCGGCAUUUGUGGCCAGCCUGAACCAGGGCAUGACGCGCUGGUAUUCGCGCUGCGUCCUCCAGGACCGAGGGCAGGAAGUGGUGGACGCGCUCAAAGUGUGCUUCCAGGCGGCCCUGAGGACGUGGUACACCCACAACCAGCACUUGCCCUCCAGGAUCAUCGUCUACCGGGACGGAGUGGGAGACGGCCAGCUCAAGACCCUGGUCAACUACGAAGUGCCUCAGUUCCUGGAGUGCCUAAAAACCAUCGGCCAGGACUACAACCCGAAACUGACGGUGAUUGUAGUGAAGAAGCGCCUGAACAACAGGUUCUUUGCACACAUCAACGGGCGACUCCAGAAUCCGCCACCCGGCACCGUGGUCGAUGUGGAAGUGACCCGGCCAGAAUGGUACGAUUUUUUCAUCGUAAGCCAGUCGGUGAGGUGUGGGACCGUUGCGCCAACACACUACAAUGUAAUUUAUGACAGCAGCGCCCUGAAGCCGGACCACAUGCAGCGGCUGACUUACAAGCUGUGCCACAUGUAUUACAACUGGCCGGGCGUGAUCCGUGUGCCGGCGCCCUGCCAGUACGCGCACAAGCUGGCCUUCCUGGUCGGGCAGAGCAUCCACCGGGAGCCCAACCUGGCCCUGGCCGAGAACCUGUACUACCUGUGAGGAAGAGAAGGAGGAGGAGGAAGAGGAAGGAGGAGGGAGAGAAGGGGAUCGUUUUCCCAAUUUGAAUGUUCUACUGUUUACUCAAGUCAUGUGCCUUUCAGGGGAGGGGGCUGGGAUGUUUUGGCCAGUUUGGCCUUGCACUUUUUGAUUUAUUAUUAUUUAUCGAGUCAGGGGCAACCACUUUUUGUUGUGGUCCUAAGAAUGACCGUGCCCCCUUCUCAUGUUGUUCUGUUCUCUGAUAUUCACUUGCAAUCAGUUUGUUGCGGGAGGCUUUCACAGCUGGAAUCACGGGUGUCGUGUGGUUUCCGGGCUGCGUGGCCGUGUUCUAGCCGCAUUUUCUCCUUGUUACACUGUUACAGUGAUGUUAUUUAAGAACCUUUAUGUUACGAUAUAGAAAGCUACAUGUCCAGGUUGGGUCAGUAAACCCCUUGUUUGGCA